GUCCUUAUAUUAUUGCAAUAAAUGUUAUUUGGUGAUAGUGACGAGGAAAAGAUGCUCGAGUUUACGUUAGAGAAAGGAGUAUCGCAUUGGUGCAGUGUGGUGGAGUUGAAGAAGGAAGGGAGGGCAGCCGCCCCAUCUUCUUCUCCCGCAGCCACGAUUACCACAUGCAGUGGUGAAGAAAACGUAAACCCGACAUUUUUCCCAACUACCUCUCCUUGUCUCCUCUCUCCUUUUUCUGCAAUUGCUCUUGACAUUCCCCAUUUUCUAAGUAAAUCACUGCACCACUCAUAAACUCAAUCAACCACUCUCUUCCUUUUCUUUCUUUCCCUCUCCAAUGACUCUCGCUUCCUGUGACUGUCUCAUUCCGCAUUCGGAUUGCUACAGCAUAAAAAAGUCACGGCCUUUCACACCCGCGCCUUUCUUGGGUUUUGGCGCUGAUACCAAAAAAACACCCCCCAAUUUUAAAUUGGGAUUUUCAGAUUGUCGGCCCGCUUGCUUGAAUUUCAAGAUUCGGAGGGAAUGGGCGCUGAGGGCAAUCACUCCUGUGGGUGAUGAGGUCCCUACAACGCAGCAAGUUGCUGAAGUGCCCACGGAGAUUGCUCCUUCAACGCAGUUUCACACUAAUUUUAACUUCCUCCCAAAACCAUUGUCAGCAACCACUCCUUCUAGUGAUGGUGCAAACUAUCGUGUUGCUUAUCAGGGGAUUCCAGGAGCGUAUAGUGAGACUGCUGCGAUUAAAGCAUUCCCACAGAGUGUGACUGUCCCAUGUAAAGAAUUUGAGGCUGUCUUCGAGGCAGUUGAGAGGUGGUUGGUAGACAGAGCUGUGCUUCCAAUUGAGAAUUCUGUUGCAGGAAGCAUCCAUCGUAACUAUGACUUGCUACUUCGUCAUAGGCUUAGCAUAGUUGGGGAAGUUCAGUUGAAGGUCAAUCACUGUCUUCUUGGAUUGCCUGGGGUUAGGAAGGAGGAGUUAACGCAUGUCGUGAGCCAUCCUCAGGCACUUGCGCAGUGUAAAAUAAUUCUGAAUGAGUUGGGUGUUACCAAGGUCAACGCAGUUGAUACAGCUGUUGCCGCUCAGAUGGUAGGCUCUGAAGGUCUGAGAGAGACAGGAGCAAUCGCAAGUGCUCGAGCUGCGGCUAUAUAUGGACUUGAUGUUCUUGAAGAAGGAAUACAGGAUAAUUCUGACAACGUGACCCGUUUUAUGAUACUUGCACGACAACCUAUUAUCCCAGGAACAGAGGGUUCCUACAAGACUAGCAUUGUCUUCACUCUGCAAGAAGGGCCAGGAGCUCUAUUCAAGGCUUUAGCGGUGUUUGCUAUGAGGAGCAUUAAUUUAUCAAAGAUAGAGAGCCGCCCACAGAAAAUGUGGCCAUUGUGGGUCGUUGAUGACUCAAACAAACAAGGUGCCAAAUACUUCGAGUACUUGUUUUACAUCGACUUUGAAGCUUCGAUGGCAGAGCAUCGUGCCCAAUAUGCACUGGGUCAUCUUCAGGAGUUUGCAAGGUAUAUUCGGGUACUUGGCUGUUAUCUGAAGGAGACUUUGUGAAUGAACGUGGCCAGCACCCUAUCAUUGCUAGAUUUUGUUUAUGAUUGUACAUAACCAGUAAUCAGCCAUGAAGACAAAGUUUCUGGAUGCAAACAGGCAUCCAAUACCCCUUUUCUUAUUAUUCUCUUACAUCAAAGGUAUACAUGUUUUAAUGUGACAUUCAAAUGCAACUUUUUUUACUUUGUUACUUGUAAAUGAACCACAGUUAUUAUAGUAAAGGGGUUUACUGCUAUCCAUGCCCGAGUUCAGUU